GCAAUGUAAUUCCACCUGCGUCGGCCCCUCCCGGGGUCUCGUCUCAAUACUUCAUUACACACGAUGGAAGUCAUGCAAUGCCUUUGGCUGGACUCUCUCAAUGAUCAGGUAUCUCAGUCCCACCUACCACACCCUUAAAGCAACAUGUCUCCUCCCGCUGCUAUCUUCGAGCCCACCGUGGUCCCCACUGGCAUCAAGUCCAACGUGGUGGUCCCGGAGGCCGCUCCCGUCACUGGCUCGUCCCAGACCCAGCUGCUUGACCACUUCGCUGGCAAGUGGGACAACUUCAAGUUCGCUCCCAUCCGUGAGAGUCAGGUUUCGCGUGCUAUGACCAGACGCUACUUCCAGGAUCUGGACAAGUACGCUGAGAGUGACAUUGUCAUUGUGGGUGCUGGUUCCUGCGGUUUGAGCACCGCGUAUGUUCUGGCCAAGGCUCGUCCGGACCUGAAGAUUGCCAUUAUCGAGGCCAAUGUUUCCCCUGGUGGUGGUGCCUGGCUUGGUGGCCAGCUCUUCUCCGCCAUGGUCAUGCGUCGUCCCGCCGAGGUCUUCCUGAACGAACUGGGCGUUCCCUACGAGGAAGACCUUGCGAACCCCAACUACGUUGUGGUCAAGCACGCCUCGUUGUUCACCUCGACCCUGUUGUCCAAGGUUCUCGCCUUCCCCAACGUCAAGCUCUUCAACGCCACCAGCGUGGAGGACCUGAUCACUCGCCCUGCUGCCAGCGGCGACCCCAAGGAAGUCCGCAUUGCCGGUGUGGUCACGAACUGGACCCUGGUCACACUCCACCACGACGACCACUCCUGCAUGGACCCCAACACCAUCAACGCUCCCGUGAUCAUCAGUACCACCGGCCACGACGGUCCUUUCGGUGCCUUCUCGGCCAAGAGACUCGUCUCCAUGAACAGCGUCGACAAGCUGGGCGGUAUGCGCGGCUUGGACAUGAACUCGGCCGAGGACGCCAUCGUCAAGAACACCCGUGAGGUCACCAAGGGUUUGAUCAUCGGUGGUAUGGAGCUGUCGGAGAUCGAUGGCUUCAACCGCAUGGGUCCUACUUUCGGUGCUAUGGUCCUGAGCGGUGUCAAGGCUGCUGAGGAGGCGCUGCAGAUCUUUGACGAGCGUAAGCGCGAGUGCGCUGAGUAAUUGUCUUCAGUCAACUCAAUUGAGUGUGAGAAAUCACAUGGAGUUUGAUUUCACUCGUUAUGCGAUGUGUUAUGUGGAAGAUUCCGCACGUGGUGACUAAAUUGCAACACACGAGGAUGAUGACGUCGCUGGCUAGUUAACGACAUUCUUUAUGAUCACAAUAUGACUAUUCACUAUCUCAA